AUGUCCACCCUCCCGGGGCUUCCCUUCUCUUCUCUCCUCGUUGGGCAGGGAGACCAUCGGGGUGCAACCUGGCUGGGGCGGGGUGGAGGUGGAGGGCCUGGCUGGAGCGGGCCUGGCCACGGGCAGGGGACAGCGACCGGCUCAGGCCCCGGCCCGGCGUGUCCGCGGUGCGCGCGAGCGGCCAGCAGAGGGCGCCAGAGAGCCAGGAGCGGCCCGCGGAGGAGCCCGCGCCGGCCCCGAUGCCCAGCUCCGCGCCGCGCGGACCCACCGAGCCCGCGCUCAGACACCCGCUCCGCCGAGAGGCAGCUCGCGCCGGGUCCUUCCUCUUCCCCAAGUGCAGGCAGAGCCCGAGCCAUGGCCAGCCCUUCCGGCAGCUCCGAAGCCACUGGCAAGCCCCGAGGCAGGGAUGGCCGGCCCAGGAGGGAGAAGGACGACGUCCCUCCGGAGGAGAAGAGGCUGCGGCUAUUGCUGGAGGGAGGGAGCGCACAGCCCGAGGACUGCGAGGACGGGGAGGACGCGCCGCGGCCGGGCAGGGAGGAGACCGGCACCCAGACAGGUGGCGACGGCAGAGGAGCGCAGUGGCUCACACCUGUAAUCCCAGCACUUUGGGAGGCCGAGGCUGGCAGAUCACCUAAGGUCAGGAGUUCGAGACCAGCCUGGCCAACAUGGCGAAACUGUCUCUACCAAAAAUACAGAAAUUAGCCAGGUGUGAUUGCACACACCUGUAAUCCCAGCUACUUGGGAGGCUGAGGCAGGAGAAUCGUUUGAACCUGGGAGACAGAGGUUGCAGUCAGCCGAGAUCACACCACUGCACUUCAGCCAGCCUGGGUGACAGAGCGAGACUCUGUUUCAAAAAUAAAUAAAUAAAUAAAAUAGAA